GACUUGCAAACUCAUUUUGGUCGCUUACCAGUACAUUUACUCUCCAAAUAAUUAUGAUAUGAGUUUAUUUGCUAAUUACAGUGCAUUAUCCUAUAUUCACAAAGUCUGAUUCCUCAUGAGUAUGCUGAAAAUGUAUCAGAAUUUGAUAUAUUACAUGAUUAUCUCAUAUCUAUGUGUUAUGAUAUGUUCAGAAAAUCUAAUAGUUACUUUUGAUGGACACAUAAAAAAUGGGGAGUGCUAUGAAAAAUUUUUUCAAGAUGAUAUUUUUAUUAAAAUAAAUGAAUGGAAACCAUUUCUUUGUGAAAAUGUGACACAAUUGACAUAUACAUCUUUGAGGUUACGUCUUCCAAAAGCAAAAGUCUGUGACGCAACAUUUAAUCAAGGUUUUAUCUACAGCAGUAUUGUAUCGUUUUCUGCUAAAGUCAAAGUGAAACUUCAUAGAAAUCUUCAAGUAAAUAUUCCAUUCAUGAAAAAACAGUUGAAAAUAAAUCUGGAAGAAAAAAAUGUAACAUCGCCAAAUAACAGAAUACUAAGUAAACAUUAUGAAAGUGAAAUGCCAAAAUUAUGCGUAGUGGAAAAAGAAGAGAAAGAAAGUAGUUGA